AUGUCAUCCAACCUUUGCACUAUAUAUGUCGUGUUCAUGCUUGCCGACAAGGCCAAGCUGAUGGCCGUCCAAAAACACGAUCCCUUGACCGUUUUCGUAUUUGAGUUCCAGCACGACGCGUACGACCUACUUUCCGCCCACAAGCGCGUCGAUCUCCCCGUCAUUCUCCUCGACUACGGGUCAACUACGUCCGUGAAGUUAUCAGUGGGCAAGCUGCGCGAUCAAGUCAACUCGAAUUCUUUACCGACCUGCACCAGCUCCCGAGAUCAACACGCACCGCUGACUUGA